AUGGUUGGAAACCGCAAGACCUUCCGCCUGGCCUUCUUCUCGGAUUGGCACCGCAUGCGUCGAGAUCGGGCGAGCGGGCCGCUCCGCAUGUCUCAGCCUCCGUUCAGCUGGAAUCAAUUGAUGCUGGUUGGCGCGCCGUCAGCGCCACUGGCUAGGCCCGCUAUAAAAGCUCAGCUUGAAAGAGGGAGAAUCCAAAAGUCCAAGUGUAUUAUUCGCAUACAUGCCGGCUGA